AUGGCUGCAGCGGACUCCAAGAACACCGCCGAUGCGAUUACUGCCGCCCCUGAGAUACAGAGGGACCACGAUCGAGCAGCCGACUUCCUUGCCAGUCAUGAGGACACUUCAUUCACCGUCGAGGAGGAGAAGGCCGUGCUGCGCAAGAUCGAUAUGCGUGUCUUGGUCCUGCUCCUGUGGGCCUAUUUCUUCCAGCAGCUUGACAAGAGCACCCUAAGCGUCUUCGGAAUUGUUGACGAUGCUCACCUCGUCGGCAAGCAGUAUUCAUGGCUCGGCUCCAUUCUUUACCUCGCGCAGCUCAUAAUGCAGCCGACUGCUGCUGUACUUCUCGUCAAGUUUCCUAACGGGAAGGUUAUCGCGUCUGCUGUCUUUCUGUGGGGCUCAGCGCUUUGUCUCAUGUCUGCCUGCAAAAACUUCGCAUCUUUACUGGGCUUGCGAUUCGUCCUUGGAACCUUCGAGGCCAUGAUAGCCCCUUGCUGCGUAGCCAUCACCCAGAUGUGGUGGCGACGAGGCGAGCAGACCCUGAGGACAAGCUACUGGAACGCAAUGAACGGCGUGACGAGCAUCAUCGGGAGCCUGUUCACAUAUGGCCUGGGCCACAUCGAGAGCAAGACCAUGUUCAAGUACCAGAUCAUUUUCUUGUUUUGCGGGCUGCUGACCGUCGCCUACUCCAUCGUUGUGUUCUGCCUCAUGCCGGACUCGCCUAUGGAGACCAAGUUCCUCUCGGAGAGGGAGAAGGUCAUCGCUACCGAGCGCCUGCGGGCAAACCAGAUGGGAGUCGCCUCGAGGACCUGGCGGUGGGACCACGUCUGGGAGACCGCCCGUGAUCUCAAGACGUGGUGCUGGUUCAUCGCCAUCCUCGCGAUCUCCAUAUCGAGCGGCGGGAUCACGACAUUCGGCAGCCUCAUUGUGAAAUCUUUCGGGUACACGAGCUUCCAGACCAUCCUAUUCAACAUCCCGUUCGGGGCGAUCCAGGUUAUUGCUAUCAUCGGGACUGGCUGGAUCGCGCAGAGAAUCCAGAGGAAGGGGCUGGUUAUCGCAGCCACAUCUGUGCUGCCUACGAUCGGAACUGUCAUUCUUCUCACCGUUCCGAGGCACCAGAAGGGUGUUCUGCUCUUUGGCUACUACCUUGUAUCCUGUCUUGCUGCCAUCACCCCAAUGCUCUUCAAUUGGCAGGCUGUCAACUCUGGCGGCGACACCAAGAAGAAGUGCACUUCCGCCGUGGUGUUCAUCGGAAUGUGCGCCGGAAAUGUCAUCGGGCCUCUCCUCUACUCCACGGACCAGGCUCCUCUGUACCGCACCGGCUUGAUUUCCAACCUCAUCAUGUUUGUCCUGGUUGGUGUGAUCGCCGCCCUGAUCCCGUUCUAUCUCAUGUACCUGAACAAGCUCCAUGCCAAGCGUCGCGAAGAGCUCGGAAAGAGUGCCAUCAUCAUCGACGAGUCCAUGAUCAGCAAGGACAAGAUGCAAGCGAGCAAGGCUGUCGAGGUUGAGGACGCGCAGAUCCCGCAGCACAGGACCUUGGCUGAAGAUAGGGGUCUCCUUGACUUGACCGACCUCAACAAUGAGGAUUUCGUGUAUGUCUACUGA